GGCGAGCGCGGGCGGUGGGGCGCGCAGGUGCGGCAGGUGCGGUGGCAGGUGCGGCCGGUACCGGAGCGCCGGACGCUUUUGGCUUGGCCCGGCUCUACCGCCCACCUUCGGGAAAGAGCUGCCAGCCAGGGGCUGGGUUGGUGCCUGUCUCCUGUGUCAGCUGUGUCGGUAUAGCCGCCCUAAGGCCAAGCUGGUGGAUGGACUGCUGUUGUACAUCUGCUUCCUGACUUUCCCAGCCUCCGCCUCAAAGAACACUUAGGCUCUGCUCCUUCUCAGCCGGAGCAGCAACUCCCAGAUAAGUUCCAGCACAUUGGGCCUGUAGGCUGCUCCAUCACCAAUGAACCCCAUGAACCCCAUGAAACCUGCCCUGCCCCCUGCACCACACGGUGAUGGUUCAUUUGCGUAUGAGUCUGUGCCUUGGCAACAAAGUGCCACUCAGCCAGCUGGGUCACUGUCCGUGGUCACUACUGUGUGGGGAGUUGGCAACGCAACACAGAGCCAGGUUUUGGGGAACCCCAUGGGCCCUGCAGGAAGCCCCCCUGGUGGUUCCAUGAUGCCUGGUGUGGCAGGUGGCAGCUCUGCCUUGACCUCCCCGCAGUGCCUGGGACAGCAGGCGUUUGCUGAAGGUGGUGCUAGCAAGGGCUACGUACAGCAAGGCGUGUAUGGCCGAGGGAGCUACCCUGGAGGAUCCAGUUUCACUACUGGGUAUGCAGGAGGCCCUGCAGGCCUGGGGCUCCCCACACAUGCAGCACGGCCCUCAACUGACUUCACACAAGCAGCAGCUGCAGCUGCCAUGGCUGCUGCUGCAGCUACAGCCACAGCCACAGCCACAGCCACUGUGGCUGCCCUGCAAGAGAAGCAGAGCCAGGAGCUAAGCCAAUAUGGAGCGAUGGGGACUGGGCAGUCUUUUAACAGCCAGUUUCUACAGCAUGGAGGUCCUCGAGGACCCAGUGUACCCCCUGGCAUGACCCCUUCAGGCAUGGGAGGAAUGAUGGGCCCCUCUGGCCUUUCCUCUAUGGCCAUGAAUCCUACCCGGGCAGCAGGCAUGACACCCUUAUAUGCAGGACAGCGACUGCCUCAGCAUGGGUACCCUGGGCCUCCCCAAGGGCAGCCACUGCCUCGACAGGGGGUCAAGAGAGCCUACUCAGAGGUGUAUCCUGGGCAGCAGUAUCUGCAAGGAGGCCAGUACACAGCCAGCACUGCCCAGUAUGCUCCUGGCCCUGGGCAGCCCCCUGGCCCUGCCUCCUCCUACACAGGACACAGACUACCCCUGCAGCAGGGCAUGGCCCAGUCCCUGUCUGCCCCUGGCCCCACGGGACUGCAUUACAAGCCCACAGAGCAGUUCAACGGGCAGGGCGCCAGCUUCAACGGGGGCAGCAUCAGCUACAGCCAGCCUGGCUUGAGUGGGCCUUCCCGCUCCAUCCCUGGUUACCCCAGCUCCCCACUGCCGGGGAAUCCCACACCACCCAUGACGCCUAGCAGCAAUGUUCCCUACAUGUCCCCAAGCCAGGAAGUCAAGUCUCCUUUCCUGCCUGACCUCAAGCCAGGCCUCAGCUCCUUGCACCCAUCACCCUCUGCAAGUGUUCCUUGUGAUGAGCUGCGCCUGACCUUCCCAGUUCGAGAUGGGGUGGUCCUGGAGCCCUUCCGCCUGCAGCACAACCUGGCUGUGAGCAACCAUGUCUUCCAGCUCCGAGAUUCUGUCUAUAAGACCCUGAUGCUGAGGCCUGACCUGGAGCUGCAAUUCAAAUGCUACCACCAUGAGGACCGGCAGAUGAACACCAACUGGCCAGCAUCUGUGCAGGUCAGCGUCAACGCCACACCCCUCAGCAUCGAGCGUGGAGACAACAAGACCUCGCACAAGCCUCUCUACCUGAAGCAUGUGUGCCAGCCUGGCCGCAACACCAUCCAGAUCACUGUCACCGCCUGCUGCUGUUCCCACCUCUUCGUGCUGCAGCUGGUGCACCGUCCAUCUGUCCGCUCUGUGCUGCAGGGCCUCCUCAAGAAGCGCCUCUUGCCAGCUGAGCACUGCAUCACCAAGAUAAAGCGGAACUUCAGUAGCGGCACCAUCCCUGGCACCCCUGGGCCCAAUGGAGAGGAUGGGGUGGAGCAGACGGCUAUCAAGGUGUCCCUGAAGUGCCCCAUCACCUUCCGCAGGAUCCAGCUCCCAGCCCGUGGUCACGACUGUCGCCACAUACAGUGCUUUGACCUGGAGUCAUACUUACAGCUCAACUGUGAGCGGGGGACCUGGAGGUGCCCGGUAUGCAACAAGACGGCAUUGCUGGAGGGCCUGGAGGUGGAUCAGUAUAUGCUUGGCAUCCUGAUUUAUAUUCAGAACUCAGACUAUGAGGAGAUCACCAUCGACCCCACGUGCAGCUGGAAGCCCGUACCUGUGAAGCCUGACCUACACAUCAAGGAGGAGCCAGAUGGGCCAGUGCUGAAGCGCUGCCGCACUGUGAGCCCUGCCCAUGUGCUCAUGCCCAGUGUGAUGGAGAUGAUUGCAGCACUGGGCCCUGGCGCUGCCCCUUUUGCCCCAUUGCAGCCCCCUUCGGCCCCUACCCCCAGCGACUACCCCAGCCAGGGUUCCAACUUCCUGGGGCCUGGAACCUUCCCAGAAUCCUUCCCAUCUGCUACACCCACCACCCCAAACCUUGCUGAGUUCACCCAGGGGCCACCCCCAAUUUCCUACCAGUCUGACAUUCCUGGCAGCCUCCUGACUCCAGACAAGUCUGCUCCAUGCCUCCCAGGCCAGAUGGCACCAGCAGGCCACCUGGACCCAGCCCAUAAUCCUGGACCACCAGGACUGCACACUCCCAACCUCGGGCCCACCCCAGGCACCCAGCUACACCAUCCAAACCCUUCCCCUGCAUCCCGGCAGCCCCUGGGCCAACCAAACACAGGGCCCAUCAGCGAACUGGCUUUCAAUCCUGCCACGGGCAUGAUGGGGCCUCCCAGCAUGACUGGGGCAGGGGAGGCCUCAGAACCAGCUCUGGACCUGCUCCCAGAACUGACCAAUCCUGAUGAACUGCUCUCCUACCUGGGUCCACCUGACCUUCCGACAAACAGCAGUGACGAUUUGCUCUCACUCUUUGAGAACAACUGAUCCUGUGUUAACCCCUGGCCUGGCAAAGACAUACUCAAAGACAUCAAUCACCACAGCCUUCCCUUCUCACCCAGCCCCACAGGAUGCCUGCCAGUUCUCCCCGAAUCUCCCAGUGCACAUACCCUGAGCUGGGGCCUGCCACUGCCAGCCCCUGAUAAACUGGAAGCAGCCCUGUGCUCCAUGGGGCCCCAGGCCAGUGGUCCUUUACACCCUCCAUCAAGCUCACUGCGACACAAUGGUUCCUGUGAGGUGCCCUGCAGACCCCAACAGCCCCAUGUGCACAACCCUCUGCCCCAGACUCAUGGCCUUGCACUUGUCCUUCCACCCUGCCUGCUCCUACCCAGCCUGCAUCUUGUCCAGCACUGAUCCUUCUGUUUCUGCUGCUCCUCAGAAGAGCUGGCUGGUGAGGCUGGCUGUACCCUUGGUCUGCAACUCCAGUGACCUGAGCCUGGCAGCCUCAGAACCAUACAGAGCACCAGCCUUUGGGGGCCUGGCGCUCCCACCCAGCUGAAUCUGGUUCAGGGGUCCUCCCUCCACCCUGAGCUUUAGGCAGAGGCUGGAGUGGGAGCAAUAAAGCACAACAAUGUACAUAGUGUAGAAAUGCUAACAGCUGGGAAUGGGAGGGACAGCUAUUUAAGUCAGCAUGUUCCUCUGGACUGGCCUGCGCCUUCCAUGUGGUGUCUGCCCCUUACUGAGCAGAGACAGCUCAGGGGGAGGUUCAACUCCUCUAGGGGUGGGUUUUCAGACUCAGCUCUAUGUAAAUUCUCCAGUGAGCUGCUCCCCCAAGUUUCUCUUUUCUGUGAAAGUGAAGAAUUAGUACAGCUGUGUUUUUUAAACCACCUCAUCUCCACCCUGCGGCCCACACCCAGGUGGGGGAGGCCUUGCAUCUGCUGGCAAAGCACCUGGGCCUGCAAGCAGGGUGCUGGCCUGUUGUGUCUCCUGUCUGUGCAGUCUAUUAAAGGACUCCCUCUUGGUGGGCUUGGCCGAGUCCUUCCUUUGCGCUGAGGGGCUGUGGCCUUCCUGUUCUGAGCACCCUAAAUAAAACUCUAGAUGUUUU